CAUGAAUACUAUAAGUUUGUGUUUCCUACUUUUUAUCGUAGCUGUUUCUACAGCUUCACCGGUUUUAAAUUCUACUUUAGAUAGUUACAGCGCUUGCAACAUCAACAGUUUCAAAGAUGUAUCGUCAGUUACGUCCACAUGUAAAACUAUCUCAGUAGGCAGUUUUCAGGUACCGGCUGGACAAACUUUGAAACUUGCUCUUCAGUCUGGUGCGACUUUAACCUUUAAUGGCGUAAUAACAUUUGGGUAUGUACCAUGGAACGGUCCGUUGAUGUGGAUCACUGGAAACGGCAUUACUGUACAAGGAUCACCAACUCAUUUGCUCAACGGAACAGGAGAGCAAUGGUGGGACGGAAAAGGUGAUCACAGCCUAAAAAAGAAGCCUCAAUUUAUGCUAAUUCAAGCCACAGGUGGUUCAAUCUUCAAAAGUAUCAAAGUUAAAAAUUGCCCACACACUUGCAUUGGAAUCUCUGAUUCGCAUGACUUGACUUUGCAAUCCUGGAAUAUUGAUUCUCAAUAUGGAGAUAAACAUGGAGGAGCUAAUACCGAUGGUUUCGAUAUUUCAAAAUCCAGCAGAAUAACCAUCAAAGACAGCAACGUUGCGAAUCAAGAUGAUUGCAUCUGCGUUAACCAAGGACAAAAUUUAACUUUUGAUAACUUACAUUGUACAGGAGGACAUGGUUUAAGCAUUGCAGUUGGAAUUUUUAGUACUUACGCUCUCAACACUGUUCACAACGUUACUUUCGAAAAUUCUAUCGUUAAAAAUUCAAGGAAUGGUAUCCACGUCAAGAGCAUCGCUGGUAAUCAAACAGGAGAGAUAUCUGAUGUUACUUAUAAAAAUAUAACACUUUCAGGUAUUUCAUUUUACGGGAUUAAUGUACAACAAGACUACACAAACGAUAGUCCCUCUCCCCACCCUAUAGGAAAUAUUAAAAUCAAGCAGCUUACUAUGCAGGGCGUCAGAGGUAGUUUGAGUGGUCCCAAUUCCCAAAGCGUAUACGUUCUGUGUGGACCUGGAGGAUGCAACAACUGGACUUGGAGUGGAGUCAAUCUCAGGGGCGCUUCUAAGAAGAAUUUUUGUAACUUUUCUCCAAAUGGAUUUAAUUGUUUAGGUAGGUAAGGAA